GGCACCGGCGACCAUUAAAAACCAAAGGAGGAACAGCAAGACCAGAGUGGAACGUCAGCUUCCAUCCCCCAGCGUGCUUUCCCCUAUGAUGGCGCCGACACUAUCAUUCUCCGAGCUCAAAAUCGCAGGGCUUAUUUUAUCAUUGUUCUCAAUUCUCACAGCCUUGCUCAGGCUCAUCUAUCGUCAUUACCUGAGGAAGCUCUGGAUGGAUGACGCCGCAGUAGCUAUAGCUAUGGGGUUUCAAUUGCUUCAGACUAUCUUCACUCAGGUCCGAUAUAACCCAGGCAGUUAUCAUCGAGAGACGCUGGUGGCAGCGUACUACAUCGCAGCAAUCGCGUUCUUGGGAGUUGUCUGGUUAUCACGAAUAUCCAUUCUAUGGACGGUGAUGCGGCUAGCCGCUCGCAAGAAUACCCGCAGAUUUCUUCUAGUCUGCAUAGUGAUGUACGCUGCGGCAAUGUCAAUCCUCAUUGCACAAGAAGUCUGGGUAUGUGAGCAGUACUCGAGUUGGAAGUCGGAGGCCUUGCCUCAAUGUGAUCUCGGGAAACGCGUCGGAAUAGCGCAGAUAGUCACCGAUGUUAUUGCGGAUCUCACUCUUAUCGUCGCGCCUAUUCGCCUUGUCUACAAGGUACGGCUGUCCAGGACAGAAAAAAUCCGUGUGCUCGCAAUUUUCUGUUCCUCCGCCGCGACGACAAUAGUUAGUACUGUGCAUGCCUACUAUCUCACUACUGUCGGCGGCGCCGAUGAGAUUCUAGCUGGCAUAGUCGAGAUGUCUGUCAGCCUUAUAGUUGCCAACCUCAGCGUCAUCAUUGCCUUCCUAUGUCGGAUCGGCCAAGACAGCAGCAACGAACCUGUGGACAGAUCCGAGACUAGCCAAAUCGUCACGUUUGGCGCGGUGCCAUCCCGGAGGAGAAUCGAUAUCUUACCUGUGCAUGUGGACGUACACAUGGAGACUUUUAGCGAAGUCCCAACAAAGCCAGGUUACGAUGUUCGACAUACUGGCGGGGACGAUGACGUGGAAUCCGUGCGGAACCGUUCACAACAAGAUUCCAAAGCAACAUGCUCAACUACUGAAUACCCCUCAUAAUCAACGUGAAAUCGGUGCUGUUAUAACGUUGUUGUAUUCGAGUGUACGAUCCUUACCGCAGGAGUGAUGAUGUUGUAUCGAUAUUUUGCAGUAACGCUUCAGCAAGAGGACUAACGUUCAACGUUCACAUAUGAGCGCCAUAGGAUCAUUGAAAUCAAAGGACUUAUUCAAGCAAGCAGAUCAGGACGUAACUGGACAAAAGCUGACGUUAUUUCGGUAAAAUACAAG